AUGCGUGCCAUCCACCAGCCCGGCCCCCACCGCGCCGACGACCCCAGCCUGGUGGCAGUGUUCAGCUUCGUGAGCCUGGGGCCAGGCGGCAAGCCCCACCCCCUGCCGCCCCUCGCGCCCGCAACAGAGCGGGAGCGCCGCUGGGCCGCGGAGCGCCAAGCAGUAGCGGACGCCCGCAAGGCGCAGCGCGCGGCGGCGGCGGCCAGGGGCGGCGUCGUGGAGGUCACCGAGAGCGUCACCGCCCACCUGGCAGAGCUGGUGGCGGCAGCCAGCAUCGUGAGGGACAUGCCGGCCCUCGCGCCGCCGCACGACAUGCUCAUGGGGCAGACAAGCCUCGAGAACACAUUCACCUGCCAGCCGCAGCAGCGCAACCCGCACGGCCGCGUGUUUGGCGGCUUCCUGCUGCGCCGCGCCUUUGAGCUCGCGUUUGCCACCUGCUACGUGUUUGCCGGCAGCCGCCCCAUAUUUGACUGCGUCGACGACGUCCAGUUCAAGAAGCCUGUCGAUGUGGGGGACCUGCUGCGGCUGAGGAGCUGCGUCCUGCACACAGAGGGGGACCGAGUGGUGGUGGUGGUGGAGGCCAGCGUCAUCGCCCCCGAACGGCUGGCCUCCAGCCCCACCAACGCCUUCACCUUCACCUUCCGGGCCGCACCCUCUGGGCCGCAGCAGCGGCUGCGGCGCGUGCUGCCUGGCGACGAGGGCGAUUUGCGGCGGCUGCGGCAGCACUUUGCAGACUUGUGA